CUCGAUAACACGCGUGUGGGGUGUUUGCCUGUUUCUGCUCUCCACUUGAUAUUCACGCGGACAACUGGGUCACAGAAUUUGUGUUGAUUUAGUUUACGGCUGCACGUGUGUGAUGUUGUGAAUGUUUAUAGUGACAGUGAUUUUAUUAAAAUUGUAGUGAAUAACAAACUAGCGGCCCUUUUGAAGUACGGGAUGCGUGCGUGAGCGCAGCGCAUGACGUGCUACGAAACAUUGAGAACUUCGGCACCCGCCGCGGACGCCCCCAUGGCGCACCACUUUGUCAAGUGGUGGCGCAACAAGUUUAGAAAUGGUUACAAGAAAUUUAGCAUUGGCACAGAAAGUGAGAGGACAGAUACAGAAGAAUUAGUUGGUCGUGCAGCAUCACAGUGUUCAGCACCACCCGACCUACUGCCCAGCGAAGCACGGGCUUAUUUACAGCCCACGACUCCACCGCCACAACCAUCACGGCCGGUGUAUGAACCUACAUAUAAAGCACCGUCUUCACCAAUACCGGAGCGUCAAAAUGAUGACAAACAGCCUAGAUUGAGAUUUGAGGAGCUGACUUGUGAUGUUGAGUUGAAGCACCCAGAAUCGUCGAAACAAAAACCUCUACAGUUUUCGUUUACUCUAUAUGAUCUUGAUGGGCAUGGACGCAUGACAAAGGAUGAUAUUGCUGGUAUAGUAUCGACGAUAUACGAAUCAAUAGGAAAAUCUGUAACAGUUCCACACUACGGGUCCAAAACAAUACAAGUCCGGUUAACAGUCGUGCCGGAAGGUGAGAGCACACGGAUUCAUCGAGAACGGAGAGAGGGGAGACGAAGGCGGCGAAAGGACGCUGUCCCUCCUGUGCCACCUGACUGCGCUGAACCCAGUGACGAAGAGCAACGGGACAGAUUAUCACAUGACGACGAUGUGUCGUCGAAAUCUUCGUGUUCAGGAGAUCGGAGACCUCCGCCUAAACCUUUUAACCCUCGACCACAUCGCCAUCAUCGUAGAGAGCCGCGAGAGCGAAAACACGCGAAAAAGCGCUCUGGAAGCUUGCAGAGACGAGAAUUACUCGAAAUCAUUCAGGCUAACAUGGAAAAAAACCAUCUGAGCUUUCAAGCCUCAAGAAAGCCCUGUGACUCUGUUGCCAAUGAGGAAGAAAUUACGUCUAAAUAUCAAAAAUUACGAAACAGAUCUUAUACAGUAAGCGAAAGGCCAGAUAAACCUGUGAAUGCAUUCCAAAAAGUUAAAUCGGAAAAUAGUGGUAAUGGCUAUUUGGAUUUAGCGAGUGGCGGCGACUCCAAUCUAUGUCGAUACGAUCGAUAUCUUCACGCAGUUAUAUGCUCUUCAGCACGGCAUGCGCAUACUGGUUAUCACCAAAAACAAGGGCAGACACCGCGAAGUAACCGCGCAGCGCCAAUGCCACAUCCGCGAUCACGUUCCCACGAUUUGCCUGCACAAGCUCAGACACCUCACCAGCCUAGAGUGCUUCAAAUUAUAUUUUUAUAGAACUCACAGUAGAGCAUGGCUUAUGACGGCUAUGUUCUUAUUUAAAUUUUGACUGAUUGUGUAUUUGUUAUAGUGAAUUAUUGUGAGUUACCAAGUGCUGUACGGAAAGAAAUUAAUGUUUGUGACUAAAUUCUCAAUUGAUUUAGCAUAACGUAAUUAAUGUUAUAUAUAAAUUAAUAGUCAUUCAUCAGUAUUUAUUUGAGGCAAUCGUGGCUAUAACAUCUUUUGUUAACAAAAUUCUUUCAAAAUAUCUUAAGUAAGGUAAACAGUAAUCACUGUACAUGCAGUGUUGCCUGUCUGAAAAUAUUUUAACGUGUUGAAGGUGGAUUGGGUAAAGGAAGUUUAAAUUUUUCAACAUAAAAUUUAAGAUGUUUUAGUAUUGGUAAAUUUUGUUAAUAAACAAGAUAUUGUAUGAAAUAUAGUUAUUUUAAAUAAAUUAUACAUGCAAUGUACUUAAAUAUUUUGAAGGUAUGUAUAAUGUGCCUUAUUUUGGUAACUGUAGUUUAUACUGAAAUGUUAAGAUAACUGCAACUGAGAUCAGUUUAAACCCAAACACUUACAUAAAAAUAAUGUUACUUUGUUUUCGAAAUUCCUAUAGUAAAAAUUAUAGAGUUUUAUUAAUUUAUCAAUUAAAUUUAUAAAAUAUUUCCACUGGGACUACAUUGUUUACCUGUUUCAUCACAGUUGCAGUUAAUGAAAUGUUAGAUGUCAAGAUUUGUAUACUGCUAGUUUUGAAUGCUCAGUUUUGUAGUUGGUACCUUAUAACACUCAUUUUGGAGGUUUACAGACUGAUUUUAGAAUUAAGUGUUAAGUACUCGGAAGACGAUAGUUUAUAGUUUUGUUAUUUAACAAUUAAUUACCUAUUGUUUUUAUAGUAUUUAGUUUAUUACCGCUGAAUAGAUGCUAGGUAUUCUUGUUCUCAAUACAAGCGGUUAAAAAAACUAUCAGUUUAAUAUUUAAUGUUACUACUCGUUUGCUUUUACAUCAGUAAAUUGGUUAGACCAACAUAAGUUAACACUGACACCUCUUUAUACUUGCAUCAAUAAUGUCAAAAUAAGUAACUACAGUCAUACCCUAAACGGGCAAUACUUAAUAGUGGUAUGUUUACUAGAACAUCAGUCAUAUAGAAUAUUAUUUUAUUAACAGUAGGAUCAAAUAAAAUUUCCGUGUAAAGAAAUAUAUAAAAACGCAAUUUACUAAGCGCUGGCACUGAUUUCGAACCCGUAUUUCUCAUAUAGCCACAAGGAACAGUUCUGAGUACACCUGCAUAAAUCUACUAUGUUAGUAAGAAGUAAAUUAUACUUAUAUGUUAUAGAUAAAAUGAUAUGUACUAUGUUAUCUUAUUUUUCAUCCAUCUCCAUUUGCAACUUUAAAUAAUGAUAUUUGUAUGUUUCUUUUCUAAUGCAAACAAGUAGUGACAUUGCCAAAAUCAGUAUUCACUAUUGUAAGUAAAUGAAUCUCUAGAAUAUAAUCUACCUCUUAAAUUACUUUUGUAUUGUAUUAUUAUUUAAUUUAUUGACAGCUGCAUCCUAAUGUCAUGUUAGUUUAGUUAUCUGAUACAUAUUAUGUGAUAAUUUGUUAAAUUACCUAAUGUAAUGAUUACACUCAAAGAUGAUGUUCAGUUGUUAGAUAAUCAAGGUAGGUAGGUAUAUAUAAUUUUGUACAAAGUGCUCGAUCUUGUCAAAAUAUUUAUUUUCAAAUAUAACCAUGAGAUUAAUUUACAAGA